AUGCGCAGUAAGGACUCGGUGGCUCCGCCCCUUUUCCAGCUCCUAAUAGUGACCUCCUGCGUAGCGCCUCUGUCCCACAGCCGUGAACGUCGCUCCCUGCUCCACUCCGCCAGCUUUAAGGGCAUCGGCCUGGCCAUCGUCCGGGCGCUCUGCACCCAGUUCCAGGGAGACGUCUACCUGACGGCCAGAGACGUCUGGAGGCCCCGUCUCUCCCCCCUCCUGGCUCUCUGCGUGUUCCUGGUGUGUGAGCGUCACAGAGGGGGGGCCUCCCCCUGGUUCCCCUACAUCGACCUGCUGCCCCCCGCCUACACCUGCCCCGCCUACUUCUGCCACCAGGUCACCGCCGCCCUGCCCAAAGGCGUCCGGCAGAAGGCCGAGGACCAGAGGGAGGCGGUCAGGGCCCUGCACUCCUCCAACCGCGAGUUUUUCAGCUAG